AUGAGGUGGGCCACGCCAGCCCCCGUUGCCCUGUUUCUGCUCUUCCUGCUGCUGGAGCAGCUGCCUCUGAGCCGACCCCAGUCCGUGAAGCUGCGGCUGGCGGGCCCAGGGAGCCAGCCGGAGGAGGGCCGCCUGGAGGUGCUGUACCAGGGCCAGUGGGGCACCGUGUGUGAUGACGACUUCGCGCUGCAGGAGGCCAACGUGGCCUGUCGCCAGCUGGGCUUCGAGGGCGCCCUGACCUGGGCCCACAGCGCCAAGUACGGCCAAGGGGAGGGGCCCAUCUGGCUGGACAAUGUCCGCUGUGCGGGCACAGAGAGCUCCCUGGACCAGUGCAGCUCCAACGGCUGGGGCGUGAGCGACUGCAGCCACUCGGAGGACGUGGGCGUGGUGUGCCACCCCCAGCGCCGCAGGGGCUUCCUCACCGAGAGGGUCUCCAACGCCCUCGGGCCGCAGGGCCGGCGGCUGGAGGAGGUGCGGCUCAAGCCCAUCCUGGCCAUCGCCAAGCAGCGCAGGCCCGUGACCGAGGGAGCCGUGGAGGUGAAGUUCGACGGCCACUGGCGCCACGUGUGCGACCAGACCUGGAGCAGGAACAACAGCCGGGUGGUGUGCGGGAUGCUGGGCUUCCCCAGCACGGCACCCGUCAACAGCCACUACUACAGAAAAGUCUGGAACUUGAAGAUGAAGGACCCCAAGUCAAGGCUGAAGACCCUCACCAAGAAGAAUUCCUUCUGGAUCCACCGAGUCAACUGCCUGGGGACAGAGCCCCACCUGGCAAACUGCCAGAUGCAAGUGGCCCCGGCGCGGGGCAAACUGCGGCCAGCCUGCCCAGGGGGCAUGCACGCCGUGGUCAGCUGUGUGCCCGGGCCCCGCUUCCGGUCGUCCAGAGCAAAGCCCGCCCGCAAGGAGUCUGGGGCAGAGGAGAUGCGGGUGCGGCUGCGCUCUGGGGCGCAGGUGGGCGAGGGCCGGGUGGAAGUGCUCAGGGACCGGCAGUGGGGGACCGUGUGUGACCACCGCUGGAACCUGGUGUCAGCCAGUGUGGUGUGCCGGCAGCUGGGCUUCGGCUCGGCGCGGGAGGCGCUCUUCGGGGCGCAGCUGGGCCAAGGCCUGGGGCCCAUCCACCUGAGCGAGGUGCGCUGCCGCGGCUACGAGCGGGCCCUCGGCGACUGCCCGGCCCUGGAGGGCGCCCAGAACGGCUGCCAGCACGAGAACGACGCCGCCGUCAGGUGCAACGUCCCGGACACGGGCUUCCAGGAGCAGGUGCGCUUGGUCGGCGGGCGCAACUCCGAGGAGGGGGUGGUGGAGGUGCAGGUGGAGAUCAACGGAGUGCGGCGCUGGGGGGCCGUGUGCAGUGACCACUGGGGACUCACGGAAGCCAUGGUGGCCUGCCGGCAGCUCGGCAAGGGAUUCGCUAGCCACGCCAUCAAGGACACGUGGUACUGGCAGGGCACGCCGGGUGCCGAAGAGGUGGUGAUGAGUGGGGUGCACUGCGUGGGCACGGAGCUAGCUCUACACCAGUGCCAGAGACAUGGGCCCGUGCACUGCUCACAUGGCGCCGGCCGCUUCCCCGCCGCGGUCUCCUGCACAGACAGCGCCCCCGACCUGGUGAUGAAUGCGCAGCUGGUGCAGGAGACGGCCUACCUGGAGGACCGGCCGCUCAGCCAGCUCUACUGCGCGCACGAGGAGCGCUGCCUCUCGCAGUCGGCUGACCGCAUGGACUGGCCCUACGGCCACCGGCGCCUGCUGCGCUUCUCCUCCCAGAUCUACAACCUGGGCCGCGCCGACUUCCGGCCCAAGACGGGCCGCCACAGCUGGAUCUGGCAUCAGUGCCACCGGCACUACCACAGCAUCGAGGUCUUCACCCACUACGACCUCCUCACACUCAAUGGCUCCAAGGUGGCCGAGGGGCACAAAGCCAGCUUCUGUCUGGAGGACACCAACUGCCCCACAGGAAUGCAGCGACGCUACGCCUGUGCCAACUUUGGGGAGCAGGGAGUGACCGUCGGCUGCUGGGACACCUACCGGCAUGACAUCGAUUGCCAGUGGGUGGACAUCACAGACGUGGGCCCCGGGGAUUAUAUCUUCCAGGUGGUCGUGAACCCCAAGUACGAGGUGGCGGAGUCUGACUUCUCUAACAACAUGAUGCGCUGUCGCUGCAAAUACGACGGGCACCGGGUCUGGUUGCACAGUUGCCACACAGGGGAUGCCUUCCGGGUCAACACCGAGCUGGCUCUGGAGCAAGAGCAGCGGCUCCGGAACAACCUCAUCUGAGGCCAGCACGGCCCGCGCCCGGCGGCGGCCCACACACCAGAUACCUCAGCUUACUGGAGCCAUGCCCGCUCUCGGCGGGGAGAGGGCCCGACCCAAGGAGCACCGAGCAGCUGCUCAGGAAGCCUUUGGAUGGCGAGAUCACCAGGCCAGGAGGGUUCAUGGUCUAGCCCCCAAGGCCUGGGCUCUGAGGACGGCCUCCAAGCUUUGCUCGACCGAGCUUGUCUUCCGUAAGGAGAUCUACUUCCCUCUGGAUCUGGUCCCAGCACGCCUAGUUCAGGAGCAGUCAGUUCCUUAGGGCUGGACGCUGGUCCAGUGCCCCCAUAGCUAAAUGGUGCUUUGCGAGUGUCACGGAGAGGAAGACAGAAGACCAACACACACAGGAGGUGGGGUUAGCCCUCUGCUAGAGAAGCCCCAAGCCACACACAGCUUGUGUCAGAGUCAAAAGUGGCAGAGAAGCCGGUGAGGUCAGUCCCUGGCUUUGUUCGUUCUUCCUUAGAGCCUGUCCCUCGUACACGCUUCAGAACCCGCUCGUUAGUGCCUUUUCCUUUCACCCCACGGCACACGGGGUGUUUCUGGAAGCUUAGGUCUCGGGCAGUCCUGCCUCUCCCCCUCAGCCACCACCAGUCGCUGAGUGCUCAAGGCGUUCACAGGAGUGGUCAGCAGAGAAGCAAGAGACGGUCAAGCAGAAAGACUGCUGGGGGUAUACGGA